UAUCCAAUGUUUACACCUCACAAGAAAUAUCAACCCAUCACACUCUUUUCUCACACGCGAUCACAUCUUUUCAGACCCGCUCUCUUCUCACACACACACACACACACACUCUCCUCUCUCCUCGCACGCCAGAAGAAACCAGGCUGACAGGACUGGACGGCUCCCACCACCUCGUCUGUUAUCAGAGCCGGAGGCUGGAGGCUGUGCCGGGACUGUGGACGCUGUCCGAAGCCUGAGACUCGUGGUGAUCUGAUGCCUCAGUUCUCCUGCAGGAUCAUGUCUGUGUUCCAGGAGGAUGUGAGUGGACUGUAGCUUGCAGCAGCAGCAGUGUUUGUGAGUACCUGGAAGGUGCAGCUUUUCUGGGGGACACAUUACCUCCACAGCAGUGUUAACAGCAAGUCCAGGACAGCGUCCCUCGCCCCCAGCCGCUCCCGUCUGACCUCCAGGAGGCGCCAUGUACAGCAGCAGCCUCCCCCCCCGGGGGAAGCUCUCCCCCCAGGGCAGAAAGACGCUGCAGCGCUCCCAGGGCAAGAGCUGUGGCUACUACCUCCGCAUCGCCUUCUUCUUCUCCUCCCUCAUCCAGUCACUCAUCAUCGGGCUGGUGCUCUUCCUCGUCUACGGCAAGCCGCAGGACUCUGCCUCGGAGACGAGGAUCCGGGAUCUGGAGGGCAGCUUCAACCGCAUGUCCAUGUCCAAUCAGGCGCUGCGGGAGCAGAGGACCAACCUGUCUCGCCAGCUCAACGCCACGCUGUUGGAGAAUAGGGGGGUUCUGGCCCAGCUGAGACACCUGGCGGAGAAGUCCAGGCAGGGGUUCAAGUUCCUCAAUGGCAGCCUGAUGAGAUGUGAGCUGGAGAAUAAGUCGUUGAGGUCUCGUGUCCUCACCUGUCCUCCCCCCAUCUCCCCUUUCGCACGGUCAGGAGAGAAGACUCAGUCGCAGAGUCUCCUGAACUGCGAGGCGAAGAACCGAUUGGUCCACUCCAACUUCUCCCAGACCAAUCAGCACCUGCGAAUCACUCUGGACCGGGCGUCCCAGGAGCGGGACACCCUCCACCUGGACACCAUCUCCCUCCGCAGGGAUGUGGCCUCGCUGACCAAUCAGCUGGAGCAGUACACCAGGAAGUGCAAGGAGGACUUUGCCCAAUCGCUGGGCGGCAUCUCCGACGUGUCCAAGGCUUUCCUGGAGAAGAUUGACUCGCUGGUGCCGCAAUUCGUGCCCUUCCAGCUCUCCUGUGAGAAACAGCGCAACCACCUGGAGCAGAUCCAGACCAACUGCUCCAGUUUGUCCAGAGAGGUAGAGACCAAGUUCCAGCGCUACCUGGACAAUAUGGGUACGCGAGUGUCAGAGAUCCAGGCCCAGAGCAGCCGGCUGGAGGGCAGUAACACCCGCCUGGAGGAAGACCUCCACUGGUGCAGACGCAACCGCAGCAGCCUGAUGGUGGAGCAUGCGUCCACCCUGAGGAGGAGCCAGGAGAGACACGACCAGGAGAAGGAGAGCAUCCUGGAGGACCUUAAGAUCAAGAGAGGAGAGAUGGCGCUGAAGGACGCGCUGCUGAGGGUGCAGACCGCCGACAUCAACAUCCUGAAGGAGAGCAUGAAGCGACUCAACGCCAGCUGCCCCAAGCAUGGUGGUUUUCCUCCAUCCAGCAGGACCGAUUCUGCUGCUGGAUUUGGGGCAGGCUCUCUAGGGACAGGAUUUGGCGGUGCAGGGAUCAGCAGUUCGGGGCCAGGUGUACUUGGUCCCAACAGCAGGGGGUCUGGAGGGGCGGGGCCAGCAGGAACUGGGUCUGGUGGCUCGUUGUCAAUCGGACGAAUGGGCGGAGCUCCUUCUACGGGCCACAGCUUCAGUCAAGCUAGCAUGACCCAGCUGCUGAAGGAUCUGCAAAGCUACGCCAAACCAUCUGUCUGAGAAGUCUCUCCUCUCCCUUCCCCAGAGUAUCUGGCUGAUACAGGAGAUCGCAGCUUACAAACAUGGAGGAUGACACAUCUACCAAGAAUGGCAAUAUGUAUUUUAGUUUAACAUGUUAUUAUUGUAAAAUAUUAUUUUAAAGUUAGCUUGCAGUCUAAUACUGUAUAUUCAACAUUUGCACUACAUUGCAAAAAAUAGUUUGUAAACAUCUGACAUCUUUGAGAUGUUCUGUAUUGCAUGAACUGUUCUGUACAUACUUGUUUUACAGUCAUUAAAAUCAUCCUCUUCAAAGGAC